UCUACAAGGCUGCGAAAGCAUGCCGCAACGCUUUCAACAGUGCUGAAUAUGACUGACACCGAGAUGGACCAGCUGGCAAACUUCCUUGGACACGACAUAAGAAUCCAUCGUGAGUUCUAUCGACUCCCUGAGAAGACCUUGCAACUUGCCAAGAUCAGCAAAGUUCUAAUGGCACUUGAACAAGGAAGAUUAGCUGAGUUCCAUGGCAAGAACUUGGAUGAAAUUGGGAUAGAUCCUGAUGAAAAAGUUCUUAACUCUGAUGAGGAAGACGAGAGCAUAACAGAGGGACUCUGUUCAUCUACUGUUGACGAACCAUCUUCAGAGGUGGCACUUCCUCCUACCGAGAGGAGUGACAUGCCGCCACCACCCAAGAGACGCAGACUACCAGCAGAUGAAGAGAUGCCUACAGAAGCCAGUGCUGUGAGGCCUUCUUCCAAAGGUAAAAGUACCCAGAAGACACCCUGGCAGCAGACAGAGGUGCAGGCGGUGGAAAGGCACAUGCAGCGAUUCAUCACAUCGCUCACUGUACCAGCAAAGAGCGACUGUGAAAAGUGCUUGAAAGCUGAACCAGGAGCACUGAAGAACCGUGAUUGGAAGAAUGUAAAAUUUUACAUUUAUAAUCGUAUUACAGCUUACAAAAAGAAAUUCCAGUGCAAAUAAUAAUAAUGUGAACAUCAUGGCAGGUUUUGUUCAAAGAUUUUAAAGGGUUAAAGAUGUUUUAAGGUUUACUAUCCCUUUAAAACUACAGAAACACUUGUAGGCUAUAGAAUAAUUUUGUUUGCCAUAUGUUUUAUGAUGACUGUGAUGGCCACCAGUCGGAAAACAUUGAUCAAACAACAUUUCAAAUAGAGUGUCAUGUUUGCAGUACAGUAUGUUUAUGAUGACCACCAG